AUGCCACAAGAUGAAGUGGUCGAUGCAUUUGAGACACUGCAAGAGAAUAUGCCACCUGAAACUGAUCCUGUCAUUGACUACUUGGAAGAUACAUAUAUUGACAGAAACGUCGACGUAAUAGGUGACCUCAAGUCACGGUGCCCCAGCACCACGGUCGCGGUGCCCCAACACCACGUCCACGGUGCCCCAACACCCAGUCACGUGCCCCAGCACACAGUCACAGUGCCCCAACACCACGAUGCGUUGCCCAACACCACCCGGUCCACGGUGCCCCAGCACACGGUCACGGUGCCCGCCACAGUCCACAGUACUGCUUACACCCAGUCACGGUGCCCCAACACCACACCAGUCCACAGUGCUAACACAGUCCCACGUCCUGGUGCCCCAACACCACGCAGUCCACAGUGCCCCCGCACCACGCAGUCCACGGUGCCUGACACCACGGUCACAGUGCCCCAACACCACACCCAGUCCACAGUGCCCCAGCACUACGGUCACGGUGCUAACACCACACCCGGUCCACGGUGCCCCAACGCCACGGUCCACGGUGCCCCAGCGCACCGCAGUCCACGGUGCCCCAACACCACGCACUACGCAGCCCACGGUGCCCCAACACCACACCCGGUCCACGGUGCCCAACACCACCCAGUCCACGGUGCCCCAACACCAGUCACGGUGCUACAACACCACGCAGUCCUGGUGCUAACACCACACCCAGUCCACGGUGCCCCAGCACACGCAGUCACGGUGCUGACACCACCCAGUCACAGUGCUGACGCACACCCAGUCCACGUGCCCAACCACCACCGAUCCACGUGCCUUUUGCAGUCCUGGUGCCCCAACACCACGAUCACGGUGUUAACACCACGCAGUCACGGUGCCCCAACCACCACCCAGUCCACGGUGCCCCAGCACCGCAGUCCACGGUGCCCCAACACCACGCAGUCGGUGCCCCAGCACCACCCGGUCCACGGUGCACAACACCCAGCCCACAGUGCCCCAACACCACACCCACUAAUUAAGGAAGUAGCACUCCACCUGAGAGCGUACAUGACUUCCAUAAAUGGUUGCCUCCGUGCUCAUCAGCGUGUACCAGGAAACAGCGGCCCACAAGCACCAGGAGACAACGGGCCCAAGCACCAGGAAACAGCGUACAAGCACCAGGAGACAGCGGCCGACAAGCACCAGGAGACACCGGCCCCAAGCACCAGGAGACAGCCGCCCACAAGUACCAGGAGACACCGGCCCACAAGCAAGCAGCCUGGCCAGGAGACACCGGCCCCACAAGCACCAGGAGACAACGGCCACGCACCAGGAGACGGCCCAAACCAGGGCAACGGCCCACAAGCAACAGGAGACAACGGCCACAAGCACCAGGAGACAACGGCCACAGCACCAGGAGACAGCGGCCCGGUACCAGGAGACAGCGGCCUAAGCACCAGAGACAGCACAAGCACCAGGAGACAGCGGCCCAGCACCAGGAGACAGCGGCCCUAA